AUGGCGCGGCUACAUACAGCUCCAAAAUUUUUGCAUUUAUUCCUUUUUUCCACAGUUAUUUUAUGUUGUUUUACAAGUUUAGUAACUACCAAUCGUGAAUUAAAUGAAGAUAAUUGGAGAGAUAUUCUUGAGGGCGAAUGGAUGGUCGAAUUCUACGCGCCAUGGUGCCCGGCCUGCAAUGCUCUGGCCCCCGCGUGGCGCGAGAUGUCUCAACAGGCGUCGCGCAAGUCCCUGGGCGUGAAGGCGGCCGCCGUCGACGUCACCAAGUCCCCAGGGCUCAGCGGGAGAUUCGUCGUCACCGCACUACCUACUAUAUUCCACGUUAAGGACGGCGAGUUCCGUCAGUACAAGGGGCCCCGCGAUGUGGCUUCCAUGCUCGGCUUCGUGGAGCAGCAGCGAUGGAAACAAACGGAGCCCAUCCCCGGUUGGAAGGCCCCGGACUCGCUGCAAAUGACUCUGGUUGCAGAGUUCUUUAAGCUCAGCCAAGUGCUCAGGAGCGUCCACAACACAUUGAUGGAGACAUACGGCCUGCCCACGUGGGGCUCGUACCUCAUAUUCGCUAUCGUAACCAUAUUCGUCGGCGCGUUGCUUGGUUUGAUAUUGGUAUGCAUCAUAGACCUUCUAUAUCCUCCAAGACGCACCGAUAAAGUGCUAGUGAGUCAGGCAGAAGUGGACAAGAUGGCGAAAGGUGACCAGCAAGGGAAGAAAGCGGAAGAAGACCAGGAAUUAUUGAACGAUGACAUCGUAGAUGAUGCCGACACGGCCAACAGCGACGCUGAGAAGAACUCCCAGAGCGAUUCAACCGAAGAUGAAAAUGAAAAACCUCAAGACACCGGAGACUCCAAACAGGACAAGGAAAGAACCGGCGAGGUCCGCAAACGACGGCCCAGGAAGGCUGACUAA